UUAAGGGUGGAUACUACAAACAGCCAAGUCAUUUUGUGAGCACGAUUCAAGGAAAGAAACACCAUGCAGGACGAAGAUGGAUAUAUCACCUUGAACAUUAAAGCAAAUCGAAAACCACCUCCAGCAUCAGACUCUGCAUCUUCUACUUCAUUAUGGCGUGUGAUGACUUUGAUUCUGCUGUUCUUGUGCACGGGGACAGUUGUUGGACUCAUGGCUCUGGGGAUUCUAACUGUAGCACAGCAAAAUUACCUAAAAACCGAGAAUGAAAAUCUCUCAGGAACCUUGCAACAACUAGCAAAGAAGUUCUGUCAAGCGUUACUAAAGCAAUUAGAACAAAACGAGCCAAAGGGCACUUUGAGUCAUAAAUGCGAUCCCUGUGAAAAAAACUGGAGAUACUAUGGAGAUAAUUGCUAUGGGUUCUUUAGGCAAAAUCUGACCUGGGAAGAUGGUAAGAAGUACUGCGCUAAUUUGAACUCCACUCUGCUGAAGAUCACCAACAAAAACACUCUGGAAUACCUCAAGGGAAGAACUAGCUUUAUUCGUUGGGUUGGAUUAUCUCGUCAGAAUUCUCAUGAGAACUGGACAUGGGAAGAUGGAUCUGUUGUUUCUCAAAAUAUAUUUGACCUUUCUGGAAAUGCAAAAGAAAACAUGAAUUGUGCUUAUUUUCAUAAAGGAAAAAUUCACCCUGCCUUCUGUAUGAACAAACAGUACUUAAUGUGUGAGAGGAAGGCUGGCAAGGCAAAGUUGGAUGAACUACUUUAAUACAAAAAUAAGGGUUAGAUGUCACAGUCAAAUGCUGGAAUGUGCAAUAAAAGA